CAACGAUGGCGCCUGGGCCAAGUGGUAGAAGAAAGACGGUGGAGCACUGGGCUUCUACCAUGACUGACACCGUGUUCAGCAACAGCUCUAGCCGUUGGAUGUGUCCCAGUGACCGACCCCAGCAAUCAAAUGAUAAAGAACAGCUCCAGACAGGAUGGUCCGUUCACCCCAGUGGUCAGCCAGACAGACAAAGGAAGCAGGAAGAGCUGACAGAUGAGGAGAAGGAAAUCAUCAACAGGGUGAUUGCUCGUGCUGAGAAGAUGGAAGAGAUGGAGCAGGAGCGAAUCGGGCGCCUGGUGGACCGUCUGGAGAACAUGAGGAAGAACGUGGCUGGGGACGGGGUGAACUGCUGCAUACUGUGUGGAGAAGAGCUGGGGAUGCUGGGCUCUGCCUGUGUAGUGUGUGAGGACUGUAAGAAGAAUGUCUGCACCAAGUGUGGAGUGGAGACCUCCAACAGCCGCCCACACCCUGUGUGGCUCUGCAAAAUCUGCAUCGAGCAGAGAGAGGUGUGGAAGCGCUCUGGAGCAUGGUUCUUCAAGGGCUUCCCCAAACAGGUCCUCCCACAGCCUAUGCCCAUAAAGAAGACCAAGCCCCAGCAGCCAGCCAGUGAGCCCGCUGCCCCUGAGCAGCCCGCCACUGAGCCCAAACACCCUGCCCGGGCUCCAGCUCAAGGUGGCACUGAUGACAGGAGGGGCCCAGGUCAGAAGACAGGCCCUGACCUGGCCUCUGCUCCUGGGCGAGGAAGCUAUGGGCCUCCUGUGCGCAGGGCCUCCGAGGCACGAAUGAGCUCAUCUAGCCGGGACUCAGAGAGCUGGGACCAGAGCCACGGCGGAGCUGCUGGUGACCCCAGCCGGAGCCCAGCAGGUUUGAGACGGGCCAACUCAGUCCAGGCCUCUAGACCCACCCCGGCCUCGAUACAGAGUCCAGCGCUCCCCCAGCCUGGGCAGCCAGGACCCCCAGGAGGCAGCAGACCCAGUCCCGGGCCAGCAGGACGUUUUCCAGAUCAGAGACCAGAGGUGGCUCCGAGUGACCCCGCCUAUACAGGGGUCACCGCCCCACCGCGAGAGGAGAGAACGGGGGGAGUUGGGGGCUAUUCGGCAGUUGGAGCCAGGGAGGACCGAGCGGGCCGCCCACUGGGCCCCUGUUCCCAAGCGUCUGCUGCUGCUCCCCAGCCGGCCGCGGCCCCGGCCCGCCAGCCCCCACGCCCACAGGAGGAGGAGGAGGAGGAGGAGGAAGCCAACAGCUAUGAUUCAGAUGAAGCAACCACCCUGGGUGCCCUGGAGUUCAGCCUUCUCUACGACCAGGACAACAGCUCCCUGCACUGCACCAUCAUAAAGGCCAAGGGACUGAAGCCCAUGGAUUCCAAUGGCUUGGCCGAUCCCUACGUUAAGCUGCACCUCCUGCCAGGAGCCAGCAAGUCCAACAAACUUCGUACGAAAACCCUGCGGAACACCCGAAAUCCCAUCUGGAAUGAGACUCUGGUCUAUCAUGGCAUCACGGAUGAGGACAUGCAGAGGAAGACCCUCAGGAUCUCUGUCUGUGAUGAGGACAAAUUCGGCCAUAACGAGUUUAUCGGUGAGACCAGAUUCUCGCUCAAAAAAUUGAAGCCCAACCAGAGGAAGAACUUCAAUAUCUGUCUGGAGCGGGUGAUCCCAAUGAAGCGUGCUGGAACCACCGGGUCAGCCCGAGGCAUGGCCCUUUAUGAGGAGGAGCAGGUGGAGCGUAUUGGUGACACAGAGGAACGCGGCAAGAUCCUGGUGUCCCUCAUGUACAGCACACAGCAGGGAGGCCUCAUUGUGGGCAUCAUACGCUGCGUGCACCUGGCGGCCAUGGACGCCAAUGGCUACUCAGAUCCAUUCGUCAAGCUCUGGCUGAAACCAGAUAUGGGAAAGAAAGCCAAACAUAAGACUCAAAUUAAGAAGAAAACCUUGAAUCCUGAAUUUAAUGAGGAAUUUUUCUAUGACAUCAAACAUAGUGACCUAGCGAAGAAGUCACUGGACAUCUCAGUCUGGGACUAUGACAUUGGCAAGUCCAAUGAUUACAUCGGAGGCUGCCAGCUGGGGAUCUCAGCCAAGGGAGAGCGCUUAAAACACUGGUACGAGUGUCUGAAAAACAAGGACAAGAAGAUCGAACGCUGGCACCAGCUACAGAAUGAGAACCACGUGUCAAGCGAUUAGGAUGGCGCCCAGGUCCCCACCUCCAUGCCCCAGCCCAUGCCCCGUCACCCCACAGCCUGUCCCAGCUGCCCAUUGCACUCUGGUCUCUCUUCUCUACGCCUCCCCCAAGCCCAUCACUCCUGGAGCCUGCCUUUGCGGUCUCCCCCGCACCUUGGACAUUGCCACCAAAAACCCCCCUCUCCUCAAUGCUGCGAUGCGGGCUCUGAGCGCAGCCCCUCUCUGAUCCCUCCAGAAUGGAGCCAUAGGGAUGGGGAUGGGGAGAUUUUCACAAGGAGGCUGUUAAUUUAACAACCUCUCAGCCUGGGUAAAUUACAGAGGCUCUUCAUCAUUUAGGACUGUUUUUAGACCCUCCUGGCCUUGGACACACGCACAUAACACACACGCACACACACACGUGCACAACUUGUUUCCUAUGUCGCAUCCACCUAUACCCUCAGUUGUCAGCAGAGCCAGACAAGGCUGUGAGGAUAAGCAUUUGGGCAGAAAUAGAGCAUCCCGGGUCCCUCCACCUCUUCACAUCAUACACCCCAAUUGCCACAAAGCAGACCCCCAUGUUUAAACUCCCCGGUGACUAGGAACACACCCUCCUGGCUCCAGGUGCAUCAAGAAAUGACCAUGCAGAAUACCCAAAGGAACUGGGUAGCCCCCCCUCUUUCAGGAUGUCCCCUAUUUGCUUCCUAGCAGAAACUAGCUCCCAUUCUCUACCACCCACCUCGCCCCUUCUCCUCCUUCCCCUUCCCUUUGCCCAACGCCACGUUCACCUCUCCCUUCCUCACCCUCUCACCUCUUCUCUCUGCUCCCACCUCUCGCCCCUUCUCCUUUCUCCCUCUCUGAGGGGGUAAAAUAGCAAAAGCAAAAAAGUGUAUCUUAACACAGCCUCACCUUCUCACCUCCUCUCACCAGCCUCACCAGCAAAUGCUGAGAAACUGGCAAAACCCUGAACUUCCAUGUAGGUCUGCGCUUCUACAACCACCCACUUCUCCCCUUGGUAGAGCCGGGUGUCCUUGGGCCUUGGGCUGCUGCUGGCGCUGCCCUGGGUGCAUGGCAGCAUCCUGCAAGCUGUGUAGACACCCCGUAGAGGGGCUUUCUCAGCCCCUAGCCUCCCCAAGUGGGCGCAGAAGGUGUUUAAACCAGAGGUCUGGGUUCCAGGGGGCCUCUCCAAAGCCCCUAGCCCUUCUCCUUCCUUUGCUCUUAGCUACAUGAACAAAUGACCCCCCCUGCCCCCCCCCGACUCUCUUGCAUCCUGUCUCUCACUCAGAAUCGCCUCUGGUCUCUCUGUCUCUCUAUCUCUUGCACCCUCUUCAUUGUGUCUGGAGAACAAAACACCAUCAUGGACAUAAAACUUUAGAGAGUGACAGAUCCUGACACCAAAGGCUUUUGUUCCAUCAUGAAUUGUUCAGUCUUUCUUCCUAAAAAUUAAAAAUAAAAUUUUUUUUUUCAAAGGAGGUAAAGGCAACGAGGACAAACAUUUUAAGGUUCAGGGUCAGGUCAUCUUCAGUGCCCUGUGAGAAAGGUUUGAUUUUUCCCAAUUUCCAGUAAGUCUUCCCCUAUGAAAAUUGCCCCCCCCUCUUUCCAAUACCCCACCAUUAUCUAUAGAAGUAGCCAGAGGGACACUAAAACUCUCACUUUCUCCAAACACACAUCUUUUAACUUUCCAUUUCGGGGCCCUCCACCCCUAGCUCACUUGACAAGUCAUUGGAAGUCAUUGAUUUCUUGCCUUGAAUAACCGUUUUCUAGACACCAGGUAUUUCGCCUUCUCCACGACGGCCAACAGAUUCCUGGCUGCCAUCUUCCCUCCUGACCCUCUCUCUCCAGUGGCCCCCUUGGUGCCCACUCUCAGCCCACCUCCUGUUCAUGGUUUGCCCUUAGGAGAAAGCAUGCUGGCUGUGUCUUCCAGGCCUAACUCUGGCAUUGGCGCUGGACUCAGCAUGCGGCUAGCUCACAGUGCCUCGGUCCAGGCGCGCCCCCUCCCUGACUAAUGUAAACACCUCUGCUAGAACACACAUACACACACACACACACACACACACACACACACACAAACACACGCCCUCUGGUGCAUGCAGAACCGCCCAUCGCCUUUCUUUGUGAUGAUGUAGCCAAAAAUAAAGUAGGAAUA